CAGGGCAGCGCCGAGAGGCAAGAUGGCGGCUUCCUGGUGGUGGAGCGGCGGCGCCAAGGGGGUGGCCAGGCUGCUGCUCGCACGGCGGCCGGCGCUGGGCGCCGCCGUGCGCUUCCCGGCGCGGGGAGGCUGGAGGUGUCUGCACGGCAGCCCAGAGCUGCUGGGUACACCUGGCAUCAAAGUUCUCAUGCCUGCACUUUCUCCUACAAUGGAAGAAGGAAACAUUGUGAAAUGGUUAAAAAAGGAAGGAGAGGCGGUGAGCAUCGGGGACGCGCUGUGCGAGAUCGAGACGGACAAAGCGGUGAUCACCAUGGAGUCCAGCGAGGAGGGGGUGCUGGCUAAGAUACUGCUGCAAGAGGGCAGCAAGAACGUCCGCCUGGGCUCGCUGAUCGCUCUGCUGGUGGAGGAAGGACAGGACUGGCAGCAAGUUGAAAUACCAGCUGAUGCUGGUGAUCCAUCUUCUGUGGCUCCAGCAGCACCUCAGCUUCCCUCAGCUCCUGCAGGUCCCUCAGUUUCAGUCUCUCCUAAGCUGGAGCAGCAGCCUGGACAGCUGCAGAUUCGCCUGAGCCCCGCGGCGCGCAACAUCCUGGAGACUCACGGGCUGGAUGCGAGCCACCUGGAGCCUUCUGGGCCUCGAGGCAUCUUCACCAAAGAGGAUGCUCUCAAACUUCUGCAGAAGCAGAAGGGCAAAGCCACUGCCCUGAAACCCGAGGCUUCCCCAGCUCCUCCCCAGCCUGCCGCAGUGCCUUCUGCUCUGCAAGCGACAGCUGUGCCUUCUGCUUCCCCAAGGCCAGCAUUUCCACCAAUGUCCACCCCAGGAGAGCCUGCUGCACUGGGCACCUUCACCGAGAUCCCAGCUAGCACCAUCCGAAGAGUUAUUGCCAAGAGGCUGACAGAGUCCAAGACAACCAUCCCCCAUGCCUAUGCUGCUGCUGACUGUGACAUUGGUGCUGUUUUGAGGCUGAGAAAAGAGCUGGCAAAAGAUGACAUUAAAGUGUCUGUCAAUGAUUUUAUUAUCAAGGCAGCUGCAGUUACUCUGAAGCAAAUGCCAGCUGUGAAUGUUACCUGGGAUGGAGAAGCCUGCAGGCAGCUGCACUCCAUCGACAUCGCCAUUGCUGUGGCCACCGAGCGAGGCCUCAUUACCCCCAUCAUCAAAGAUGUGGCUGCUAAGGGGAUACAGGAGAUUGCUGCCUCUGCAAAGGCCCUAGCGAAGAAAGCAAGAGAUGGAAAACUGUUACCAGAAGAGUACCAGGGAGGAUCUUUCAGCAUCUCCAACCUGGGCAUGUUUGGCAUCAACGGCUUCACCGCCGUCAUCAACCCGCCCCAGGCCUGCAUCCUGGCCGUGGGCCGCGCCAGGGCCGAGCUCAGGCUGGUGGAGGAUGAAGAAGGCAACGAGAGCCUGGAGCAGCAGCAGCUUCUGACAGUGACUCUGUCCAGUGAUGGCCGUGUGGUGGAUGAUGAACUGGCUUCCAGGUUUCUGGAGAGCCUGAAGGCCAACCUGGAGAAUCCAAUGCGCCUCGCCCUGUGCUGAGCGGGGGGCGCGGGGCCCGGCCUGCAGGGCAGGGAGCAGGGUUAUGGCCUUCAGACAGCUGUUCUCUAGAGAGGAAUGCAGAGCCCCUGGCAGGAGGGUGCUAGAACACUUUAUUUAUUGACUGGAUGUCAGAAAAAGGAGGAGCUCUCCUGCUGGGAGUCCUUGGCAAGGGGCAGGUUUUGUGCUGUCAGAGCUCGAAAGCUCCCCUGCUGGGGGUCCUCAGCCCCUGGGACUGGUGGCACAGCAGAUGGCAGGGAGGGAUCU